AUGCCCGAAUCCCGUGAAGACUCUGUCUACCUCGCCAAGCUCGCUGAGCAGGCCGAACGCUACGAAGAGAUGGUAGAGAACAUGAAGCGUGUGGCGUCGUCCGACCAAGAGCUCACCGUCGAGGAGCGAAACCUCCUCUCAGUGGCUUACAAGAACGUUAUUGGUGCCCGCCGUGCCUCCUGGCGUAUUGUCUCCUCAAUCGAGCAGAAGGAGGAGUCGAAAGGCAAUGAGGCUCAGGUUUCUAUGAUUAAGGGCUACCGGGAGAAGAUAGAGAGCGAGCUGGCUAAGAUCUGCGAGGAUAUCUUGGAUGUUCUCGACAAGCAUCUCAUUCCCUCCGCCGCCUCAGGAGAGUCGAAGGUGUUCUACCACAAGAUGAUGGGUGAUUACCACCGGUAUCUCGCCGAGUUCGCCACUGGUGAUAAGCGUAAGGAUUCUGCUGAUAAGUCGCUGGAGGCCUACAAGGCUGCCUCAGACGUUGCCGUCACCGAGCUCCCUCCUACACACCCCAUUCGCCUUGGUCUGGCGUUGAACUUUUCCGUGUUCUACUACGAAAUCCUCAACAGCCCCGACCGUGCUUGCCAUCUCGCCAAGCAGGCCUUCGACGAUGCCAUCGCCGAGCUCGACACCCUCUCAGAAGAGAGCUACAAGGACUCUACCCUGAUCAUGCAACUCCUCCGUGACAACCUGACGCUAUGGACUUCGGACAUGCAGGACUCAGCCGACAAGGCCGGCGAUGCUAAGGAUGAGGGUGAUGCCCCUGCUGACGAGUAA